UUUCCUGUGGUCUCAUAAAUCUUUUCCAAACAAUUGUACAUAAUUUAGAAGACAAUACAUAAAUAUGAAUUGAAACAUCCAUUUGAUGACUCUAGUCCCGUGCAAAGGGCGUUCGCGAAAGAGCUGACGAAGCUCCAUGUAUAAGUGGACUCAUGCUGCAUCAUAAGCAAUGACGUGGAUAUAGGUUAAGUUCCCGUUCACGCUCGAACAAAUCAAAUCGGCAGGUGUAUCGAGCAAUUUUCUAACAAAAGCAAUUGUAAAUAAUGUUCGAAAUCACGGACACGCAAAAAAUCGGAGUGGGACUGGCGGGAUUUGGGAUUUCCUUCCUGUUCCUCGGCGUACUGUUGCUCUUCGACAAAGGUUUACUUGCUAUUGGAAAUCUCUUAUUUAUAUCGGGCCUCGCAUGUGUCAUUGGACCAUGGAGAACGUUAAACUUUUUCUUUCAAAGACACAAGAUAAAAGCCAGUGCGUCUUUUCUAGGAGGUGUUUUUGUAGUACUUAUGGGUUGGCCCCUUGUAGGAAUGAUCUUAGAAACGUAUGGCUUUGUAUUACUCUUUAGUGGUUUUCUACCAGUAGCAAUAAACUUUCUACGAAGAGUACCUAUAUUGGGAACUCUACUGAAUAUGCCUGGCAUCAGUCGAGUUUUGGACAUAAUAGCUGGUGAUUCUAAUCGGACAACUGUAUGA